CCCUCACUUGUUGCUAAAGGAAUUGUUGACCACACCAAAAUGAGUCUUCAUGGUGCUAGCGGGGGACAUGAACAAUCAAGAGACAGACGAAGGUCAAGUGACAGAUCACGAGAUUCAUCGCAUGAAAGAACAGAAUCUCAGCUCACUCCUUGUAUUAGAAAUGUUACUUCUCCAACACGACAGCACCACGUUGAACGAGAAAAAGAUCACAUUUCCUCUCGUCCAAGCAGUCCUCGUCCUCAAAAGACAUCUCCAAAUGGUUCCAGUAGCAGUGCUGGGAACAGCAGCAGAAACAGUAGUCAGUCAAGUUCUGAUGGUAGUUGUAAGACAUCUGGAGAGAUGGUGUUUGUAUAUGAAAAUGCAAAAGAAGGAGCUCGGAAUGUAAGAACGUCGGAACGAGUAACACUAAGAGUGGAUAAUACUAGAUUCGUUGUAGACCCAUCCAUUUUUACUGCACAGCCAAAUACAAUGUUGGGCAGGAUGUUUGGAUCUGGCAGAGAACAUAACUUUACGCAUCCCAAUGAGAAGGGAGAGUAUGAAGUGGCAGAGGGAAUUGGCUCCACCGUGUUUCGAGCUAUUCUGGAUUACUACAAAACAGGAAUAAUCCAUUGUCCUGAUGGCAUAUCUAUUCCUGAAUUGAGAGAAGCAUGCGACUACCUUUGUAUUUCUUUUGAAUAUAGUACUAUUAAAUGUAGAGAUCUCAGUGCCCUAAUGCAUGAGUUAUCAAAUGAUGGUGCUCGUAGACAGUUUGAAUUUUAUCUGGAAGAAAUGAUCCUGCCUCUCAUGGUAGCUAGUGCCCAGAGUGGGGAACGAGAAUGCCACAUAGUAGUGCUUACAGAUGAUGAUGUGGUUGAUUGGGAUGAAGAGUAUCCCCCACAGAUUGGAGAAGAGUAUUCACAAAGUAAGUACUGUGGCAUGUUUUCUCUCUUAAAUCAUCACAGAUUCUUUAUCUAAUACCGAUCAAAGGACAGUUUUUAUAAAGUACAUUGAACUCUUACCUACGCCAGGAGUCAGUAAACUACGAGCUGUGGAUCAAAAUCCAGCCUAUUGCCUGUUUUUAUAAAUAAACUUUUAUGUAUUGUCUAUGGCUGCUUUUGCGCUACAAUGGCAGAGUUGAGUAGUUGCAACGGAGACCGCAUGGCUCGCA